UUUUUCUUUUGCUGCCCUCGAUAUACCGAUGCCCAUCCCCCUUCCUCUUCUCCUAAUUCCUUCCUCCUACGCCCAUUCCCUCUUCCUUCUUACCCCUCCCCCGUUCCCUCGCUCCUCCUUCUCUUCCUUCCUUCGUCCUCUCAUCCCCGGUAUCUCCUACGUCCGCUUUCAGGUGCAAUGGCCACUCUUCAAGCGCUAAAGCAGCGCCAUCUCAGGACCCUAUCGGACGACUUGGAUCUAUCAGAAACAGACUCCAAUGCCUUGUUUCGUGACAGCAAACGUAUCCAUUCACCGACCAAGGUCCACUCGUCCUUCUCCCCCAUCAAGACCGUCCUCCGUGCCUGGGGUCUCUUUGUCGGCUUCAUGGCCCUCCUGGUCCUCAUCACCUACCAGAUUCAUUACACACUCCCCACCCCCGUCCACGAGCCCUCGAACCCAGUCACCGGUCAGGUCCAGUUUUCAGAGGCCAAUGUCCGCAAGGUUGUGAGACAUCUCUCUGAGGAUAUCGGGUACCGUGUCGUCGGAACCGAGCAGGAGUUAGAGACCAAGAAGUAUUUGAUCAAAGAACUGAUGCAGCUCAAGGAUGAUGCUCGCAUCGCACGGUUGAGGAAGCAAGACGAGGCUGCAGUAGCAGCAGCAGCAGCAGGAACAGCAAAAGAGCGCCAAACGGACUUGGCAUGGCCAAACUUUGACAUGUGGGUCCAGGUUGGAGACGGAUCUCAUCGAUUUGACUUCAUGUCGAAAGUGGUUAUGAAGAUGUAUACCAACAUGACCAACAUCAUCGUUCGUCUCUCUUGUGGACCAGAGUGCGAUCAAAACUCGGUUCUUCUCAACUCGCACUACGACACCACCUUGGGAUCGCCCGGAGCCGUCGAUGAUGCCCUUGGAGUCGGUGUUAUGAUGGAGAUUAUCCGCGUCAUGUCGCAGCGACCUGCUGCCACGAAGAACAGCAUUGUUUUCUUGUUCAACGGGGGCGAAGAGUCCCUCCAGGAUGCCUCCCACUCCUUCAUCACUGCUCAUGAGCUCAAGGAUCAAGUGAGGGCUGUUGUCAACUUGGAAGCCUGCGGAACUACUGGUCCCGAAAUUCUCUUCCAGGCAAACUCUCGCGCCAUGAUCGAUGCAUACGGAACCGUCCCUUACCCUCAUGGCACUGUUCUUGCCAACGACCUCUUUGCCACUGGUCUGAUUCUCUCCGACACCGAUUUCCGUCAAUUUGUCGACCACGGCAACUUGACCGGUCUGGACAUGGCCGUGUACAAGAACAGCUAUCUGUACCACACUCACCUGGACCUGGACUCGUAUAUGGAAGCUGGUUUGCCUCAGCACAUGGGUGAGAACACCCUGGCCCUGGCGACCUAUUUGACCGAGAAGGCAGACCUUGUUGGCCUGGAGCCUACGACCAGCAUUGUCUUUUUCGAUGUCUUUGGCCAGUUCUUUGUCUCGUACUCUUGGUCAACUGCCUUGCGAAUGCACCUGGUCGUCGGCGGAUUCGCCCUGUUGUCCAUGGUGACUGGUGCCUCGCGUCCAUCUUUCCGUGCAACUGUCUCAAUCUUUAUCUCGUUCCUGGCUGCCCUGGUCCUACCCAACUUCUCUGUCAUCCUCUUGCAGUCCUUGGGCAAGCCCAUGCAGUGGUUCUCGCACGAGUGGCUAUCGUGUCUCCUCUUUGGCCCCACAGCUCUCGCGGGCAUGUUCCUCGUCCAGUACUUAUUCCAUGACAAGAAGGCCAGCACUGGUGCCAACGAGCUCAGCACACUCUCUGCCGUCCAAGCAUUUUACACCAUCUGUCUGGGUCUCGCCUCGUAUACGGGCUUCGCCAGCAGCUACGUCUUUGCGCUCUACUCGUUCAGCUCAACGAUCAGUCUGUUUUUCAACCAGCGACGCGUUUCGGAGGCAAAGAAAGAUGGACUCGAGGCUACCCGUGUUGACUAUGCCGCCUACUUUGUGGGGGCACUGAUGCCGACCGCAUACUUUUCAUUCGUGUGCUUCAGUUUGCUGGAUAUCUUUAUUCCUUUAACCGGCCGCAUUGGCGUGGAUGCCCCUGUGGAUCACAUUGUCGCGGUCUUGACAGGAUUCAUCACUUUUGUGUUCUGUCCUCCGGUCCUCGCGUUCGCGCACCGAUUCGGCGCCACUAUGCUCAAGAAGAUGGUGAUAUUCUUGCUGGUGGCCCACGUCGCCAUCCUGUUCACCACUUCGGUCUUUAUCUCACCCUACAACGAACUCCAUCCGAAGCGUGUGUUUGCACAGCACCUUCGUAACUUGACCUCAGGCGAGUCUAUGAUGUACAUUGCGCAUGCGGAUCCCGGUCCGUUCUACGACUCCUAUGUCUCGGAUCUUGAAGAGUUGUUCUCGACAAAGUCCGUCUUCCGCAGCCCCGGCAACAAUCCCGGUGACUGGAAUGCGAUCUAUCCCUUCAACCAGUUCUUGGAGUCCUAUGUGAUCGAUACUACGCCCUACAUCAAAUCCCAGACUCUGAACCAGACGAUCGCUAAUUCGAUCAGGCCAUUGACGGACUAUAUACAUCAGUCGCCGCGCUUGGUUGCAGAGAAGGUCUCGUACAACUCUGAGACGGGCUAUCGUCAACUGACGGUGCUGUGCACGCAUCCAGGCCAUAUCUGGACCGUGGCUAGCUUUGACGCACAUCUGGUUUCAUGGUCACUCUCGUCCUCGGAGCCGUUUCCUCGCCCGUCGCACUAUGUGAUCCGCCAUGUCGGCGGACACAUCAGUGACGGAUGGAGAUUGGACCUGGAAUACAAGGCAGCGAGUAUCGACGACAAGCUGACGAUUGAAUUGACGGCCAUGGAAACUGAGGGCUUUGGCAGGGACGAGGAGAGGGAGUUGGUUGGAAGCGGGGACAUUGGAGUGAUGCGCAAAAUCCUGGCGAACCGGCCUCCGUGGGUAGCCUUGACGUACUUUGGCACGACGGUCAGUCGAUUCCAACUGUGAACAAUCAAAAUUGUUUUUUUAUCCAUAGACUUGGACGUUUUGAGCGCGUCCUUUUUUCUAUCAUCCACUUGUAUAUCUAUCAUUCAUCCAAUGCAAUAAAAAGAGUUGGUUUACUCUUU